AUGUCUCAACCGCUGAAACCGAUUACGGUCUACGGAGGGUCAUUCGGGCCUAAUCCAUUCAAAAUAUCCAUAAUUUUGUCAGAGCUUGAUCUCCCUACCAACCCAGUCUCCAUCGAAUUCAGUGAACUCAAGACGCCGGCCUACGAGAGCAUCAACCCGAACGGUCGCCUUCCUGCGAUCCACGACCCUAAUACUGGAAUCACCCUCUGGGAGUCCGGAGCGAUCAUUGAAUAUCUGAUUGAGACGUACGACAAAGACCGGCGGAUUAGCUUUGCCCCUGGGACUGCCGAGGCGCAUCAGGCCCGCCAGUGGCUGUACUUCCAAGCAUCAGGACAAGGGCCAUAUUAUGGGCAAGCAGUGUGGUUCAAACGGUACCAUCCAGAGCGUGUUCAGAGCGCGCUCGAUCGAUAUCUGAACGAGAUUCGGCGGGUAUCCCAGGUACUAAACCGCUGGUUGGAGACAAGCGAGUGGCUUGUUGGGGACAGGCUUUCCUAUGCGGAUUUGGCCUUUGUGUCCUGGCAGAAUGCAGCGGAGAGUAUGCUAUCGGAUGAAGGAUUUGAUGCGGCGUUAUUUCCACAUGUGGCGGCCUGGCUGGAGAGAAUGAAUACCCGAGCGACAGUCAAAGAGCUCAUCAAGAAGCAGGAGAGGAUGAUGGCGGAGAAGCUGGCGAAGGCGACAGAGGCGCUGAAGGGAUAA